GAGUAAACUCGUGACAACUAAUUAUACCGCCAUCUCCGUUCAAUCGCGAAUAUCCAUCGGGUUGAAGAUUUUUCUUGACAAGCGUUGAUAAGACUCGCGGUGAUCUCAAAACCGGUUGAUCGUACUUUCAUGAAAAAGAAGAAAAAAAAAAACCAGUUGAGAAAAGGAAAGAUAAAAAUAACAUUGACCGAUAGUGUAUCCCGAGUGCGUGAAGCAAAAGUGUCACAUAUCAUUGGUAUUCUUGCCUAGCGAUAAGAGUCACGCGUCAAUCUGUCCGACCGUUGAAAAGCUACUGGCAAACGAAUAACAAUCCAACAUUGUUGUUGCCCGAUGUAACGCUGGAUCUCAAAGUAAUAUCGUUUUGGGCACGUGUAGCCCGCGGCGUAGACAUUGGUUUAGCGAUCGGUGCAGGAAGUGUUACGUGACGGAAGAUAUUUUCUAACAACAAAGCAAUCGUACGAAUAAUUUCGAGUCGAAGACCAAGAUAAUGAAAAUUCGGAUGAACGAAAAAGUAUAAACGAUUCGAAGUGCGCUGAUUAGAAUAAGAUCGUAAUGCUUUUUAUCGAAGCGUCGUUCGCGACACCGGAGUGCGACUGAGAUAGUACAAAUCUUGAACUCUCCAGUUUAUUGAAAUUAAGGACUAAAAUAAGGACUGGCUUGCAGCGAAUUUAAGUGUACGAGUAUCGAGCGAUCGAAGCAGAAUUUCUUCGUCUUAAUUUGGCGUGAGCAGUGCGAGAAUAUCGAGUGAAAAUAGUCGUAUUUUUCGGAACUGAGAGUUGGCGAGAUUGAGGUGUAGUGUGGCAUGAUAGACAGACGGGUAGAGGAUUGGUGUGUACAAGCGAUGACCGUGCAGGAGUUGAAACCGCGCGGCAGCGCCGAAGAGCAGCCGGUAGGUGACAUCCUGUCACCGGCACCGGAUCCGCUCGACAACGAAAAAGAAUCGUCUUCGGGUGACUGCUAUAAUCGUGGCUCAGGGACGGCCGCUUAUCCUCCUCCGCAGGACAGUGAAAACCUAUUGGGACGAGUUUUAGCUGAAUUCGACGGUACUACUGUCCUCUGUCGCGUUUGCGGGGACAAAGCAUCCGGUUUUCAUUAUGGUGUUCAUUCCUGCGAAGGUUGCAAGGGCUUCUUUCGUCGGAGCAUACAACAGAAGAUACAGUAUCGUCCUUGCACCAAGAAUCAACAGUGCAGCAUUCUUCGCAUCAACAGGAAUCGUUGCCAGUACUGCAGGCUGAAGAAGUGCAUCGCCGUCGGCAUGAGUCGUGACGCUGUACGAUUCGGGCGUGUGCCAAAGCGCGAAAAGGCAAGAAUACUGGCCGCGAUGCAGCAGAGCUCUCACAGUCGUUCGCAGGAAAAGGCUGUAGCCGCCGAAUUGGAGGACGAGCAACGUCUCCUUGCAACCGUUGUACGAGCUCAUCUCGAUACGUGCGACUUCACCAGAGACAAGGUUGCCCCGGUACUCGCAAGAGCGCGCGAAACACCCAAUUACACCGCUUGCCCGCCAACCCUGGCGUGCCCGUUAAAUCCCAAUCCUCAACCAUUGACCGGUCAACAAGAAUUGCUUCAAGAUUUCUCCAAGAGAUUUUCACCCGCGAUACGCGGUGUCGUUGAAUUCGCGAAGCGUAUACCUGGCUUUAGCCUGCUGGCACAGGACGAUCAGGUGACGUUAUUGAAGGCCGGUGUUUUCGAGGUACUGCUGGUACGGCUGGCGUGUAUGUUCGACGCUCAGACGAACAGUAUGAUAUGCUUGAACGGUCAAGUUCUCAAGAGAGAAUCGAUACACAACAGCAGUAACGCCCGUUUCCUCAUGGACUCUAUGUUUGACUUUGCCGAAAGAGUCAACUCGUUGAGAUUGUCGGACGCCGAGCUGGGACUUUUUUGCUCGGUGGUCGUUAUCGCGGCGGAUCGCCCGGGUCUACGAAAUACCGAUCUCGUCGAGCGUAUGCACAACAAACUGAGGAGCGCUCUACAAACGGUAUUGGCACAAAAUCAUCCCCAACAUCCGGACAUACUGAGGGAAUUGCUCAAGAAAAUUCCCGAUCUGAGAACGCUCAACACCUUACACUCGGAGAAGUUACUAGCUUUCAAGAUGACCGAGCAGCAACAACAGUUGCAGGCUCAGCAGCAACAACAGCAACAACAACAACAACAACAGCAGCAACAACAACAACAACAACAACAACAACAACAACAACAACAACAACAACAACAGCAGCAGCAUCAACAGCAACAUUGGCCUAUGGAGGAAGAACCAGCGGCUUCUUGGUGUUCGGCGUCGGACGUCGCUCUUGACGAAGCGGUGAAAAGUCCUCUCGGCAGCGUAUCCAGCACCGAGAGUAAUUGCAGCGGUGAAGUUGCUUCAUUGACGGAAUAUCACCACGUUGUCGUGACGCCCGGUGGUCACCACGCUUCCAACGCACCCCUUUUAGCCGCGACUUUGGCCGGUGGUCUCUGUCCGCACAGACGUCGUGCCAAUUCAGGCAGUACGAGCUCCGGCGAAGAUGAACUUUUGCAUCGAGCGACCAUGGCCAAAACUCCUCAACCACCUCAAUGUCCGCGUUUCCGUAAACUCGAUUCACCGAGCGACAGCGGUAUCGAAUCGGGUACCGAAAAACCGGACAAACCUGCGAGCAGCAGCGCCAGCAGUGCGCCAACUUCCGUGUGCUCGAGUCCGCGUUCAGAAGACAAAGAGGUCGAGGAUAUGCCCGUCUUGAAAAGGGUUCUUCAGGCUCCACCUCUCUAUGACACCAACUCCCUCAUGGAUGAGGCUUACAAGCCACACAAGAAGUUUCGAGCGUUGAGACAAAAGGACAGCGCCGAGGCCGAGCCCGUCGUCAUCGUUCACCAACAUCAUCAACAGCAGCAACAACAGCAACAACAACAGCAACAACAACAACAACAACAACAACAACAACAACAACAACAACAACACCAACAACAACCCCAAGCGCAAACACAAGUUCAUCAUCAUCAGCAGCAUCUGCAACAAUUACAACAACCUCAACUGCAGCAGCAGCAGCAACAACAACAACAACAACAACAACAACAACAACAACACCACACUCAGUCGCAAUUGCAUCUUCAUCUGACAUCUCCACCUUCGAGAAGUCCGUCAGGACAAUCGUCGCAUUGUCCGCAAACGGCCAGUUUACUCAGCAGUACUCACUCGACAUUGGCAAAGAGUCUUAUGGAAGGGCCAAGAAUGACCGCCGAACAGCUCAAACGUACCGACAUUAUCCAUAAUUAUAUAAUGCGCGGUGAAGCUAGUCCAAGGUCACCUACUACCUCUCCAUCACCCGCGGAACAAUGCGCUUCGACCACCACUAUUACGUUACGAUCCCCACCGGGAUCUCAGGGUCUUUUGCAAUGCGCAACUUCCGGCUACGGUGUCUCGAGAUGGCCGGCUGCUACCUCCGUCAUUACGACCACUACCGGUGCCCGUCAGCAGUUGCAACAACAACAACAACAACAACAGCAGCAGCAGCAGCAGCAGCAGCAGCAGCAGCUUCAACAGCAGCAACAGCAGUCUUCCUCGAAUUACCUCGUAGUUGGAAAUAGUCAUUCGCCCGCCUCAUCACCGAGAUAUCUGACCGCGGUUGCAACUAGUAGUACGAGUGGAAGCUCGAGUAGUCCGAGACCAACAUCCAGCACCGCGACAACAAUCGUUUUGUCCGGUUGUCCAAACAACAUGAUGGAACUACAGGUUGACAUCGCCGAUAGUCAACAACCCCUUAAUCUAUCGAAAAAAUCGCCAUCCCCCUCGCCGAGACCACUCGUUGGAACGUGCAAGGCUCUUACCCUCGAAGCGUAGUGUGUUUUCUUACUUCUCCAUUUCGGGCCUACUCUCCGUAAUCGUCAUUGUCCAUGUUUUUUUUUUGUUUUCUCCCCCGUGCCCUAAACGAUGUGACGAGAAAUAUAGCGACGAUUCGAAAAGAGUACCACCCGGUAUCCGAUCUCAGUGGUGAUGCACACACACGAACGUUCCUUCGGAGAGAUCGGAUUCGAAACACUACGGACUAAUUUUCGCGAUUGUCAGCAUAAAUAUCGAGAAAGUGAAUUACGACGAAUAACCCACCUACGCGCGUUUGCGAGUGCUCACUCCUUUUGUCGUCGAUGUAUGCGUGUCUGUGCAUGCUUUCAUCAUUUUUUUUCUUUCAUCCUCAUCAUCGUCAUCAAUUUCAUCGUCGUUAUCAUAAAAAUCAUCGGGGUGCGAUAUACGCACUUGUGGUGAAAACAAGCGACUCCGCAUUUUUCCGCGGGGGCGUUUUAUUAAUAAUUAGACUUGAUUUUUUUUUUUCAUUUUUUUCGUUCCGAGCGGUUCUCGCUCGAGAACGGAAAGAUAUUCCUAUUCCAACGAGGAUCAAACCGGGGGAAUAACGCGCAUCCUCCAUUUUCUGAUCCCUGCUAGUUAUCGAUAAACACGUGAGACCGUCGAGAAGGUUAAAAGUCAUUUAAAAGAAGAGGAGAGAGAAAGAGGAAGGGGAUAAAAAAAAAGUGCCAGGACGCUCUGAGCGCGUGAAAAACCAAAUAAUUUAUUAUUUAAAUUAACUGAUAACUGAUAAUAAUUGGGCGUGAAUAAGAGACAUUCGAGAUGAGCAGGAAAAAUGAGGAAAAGAGUGUAUGAACGGUGUUAAGUAUAUAUAACGGGAGGAAAAACACGAGAAAGAGCUAUGCGACAUUCAUAAUCGUGAAACAAAAACUGGAAAAGAUAAUGUAAUCCACGGAGUUUGCGAGUAUGAAAUUAAAAAAAUAAAAAUCGUGCAAGAGUCGAGCGUUUUUUCAAAGCGCAGUGUCAAAUCCACCCAAUCCGGUUGGAUGAAAAAGGACAAAAAUUUUAAGACGACGAGUAAAAAUACCUAAACGAGAGAGGAUAAUAAACCUCCCUAUCUCCCUAUAUCUACCUAAAGUUGUCCUAGGUAAAGCUAGAAGAUAGCGUACGAAGCACUCGUAAAAAGAAGAACGGUUUUAAAUGUAACGAGAAAUUGAUAAGAAAAGUUGAAAAAAAAAAUACAAACAAAAAUAAUAACUAAUAAUCUAUUACAUGUGAUAAUCAUGGACAUCGCGCAUCCUGUACAGUCUCCACCUCACUCAUCGAUCAUUUACUCUACUACAUUAUUAUUAUUAUUAAUUAAAUAUUACGAAGGUAAUUAAUAUUAUUGUAAUAUCCCUAAGGUAUAUAAUAAUCGUAUAUGUUAUCAUCUUGUGUGCGCGCAUACGAAUGAGAGAGAGAGAGAGAGAGAGAGAGAGAGAGAGAGAGAGAAAAUGCAUGUGGGUGUAAUACCAUUUUAUGGUAAUGUGUGGAUGGAGCGAACGAGUCGGGGCAAUCGAAUUUUUGUUUUUUUUUUUCGUCGUUCUCCUAUAUAUUUUGGCGAAAAAUGAAGUGAAAAAGACAAAAGAAAAGAAAAGCAGUAAGAAAAAUGAAACGCAAGUUGGGAGAUGAAGUAAAAGAUGAAUAAAAUGAAUUUUAAAGAUACACAAAUGAAUACAAUCCAAGUUUUGUUAUGAGUCUGAUCGGCUCGUACCGGCCCACCAGUUUGUAAUUAUCGUACCUCCAUCUAUACCAUUUUUUUGUGUCGUACGUGUGUCGCUCUUUCACCCUCGAAGCGGGAGAUACGAUCGAUGGACGAAAUAGGAUUUCAGAGAGGCGAAUAAGAAAAAAAGAGAGAGAAUAAGCAGGUAAUUAUUUCCACAUGCGAACAUUUUGUAGAUAGAGAGACAACGAAAAAUAAUCGGCAAUCAAUAAUCUAUGAUCAACCGGGGAAGUUGAAGUUUCAAUGGGUAAGCCUCUUCGAGGCAUCGUGAACAGUAGGUAAUGAUCUUGCGAAGAUCAAACGAGUAAUAAUAUAUAUCAAUUUUAUUUUGUAAAUCGCAUCCUCGAUGAGAUCUUCAGAAGAUCCAUUUGCAAUGAAACUAACUGCUGCACCACACGAGUAUUUUUGACAGCCGGGAAUUUUUUUUUUUUUCCCUCGGAAAUUCGUAGAGACUCUCGCGAUCGCGAGGGAAACACACGUACACGCGAAAUCAAUACACGGAUUUGUAAAGAAAUGGAUCUAUAGAGUACCGUGAAAAAUGAGAAAAAAAAAUAGACAGGAAAAAAAACGGCGAGAGGUAUAUUAAAAAAUCUGGAAUAAUGGUAUGGAGCGUCGAUCGAAAAUCAGUUGGAACGACAUCGAGAUCCGAUCCAAUAAUCUCUCGCCUCUCGCACGAUCGUAUGCAGCUUUGGCUGUUUUCCAUAUAUCGGUCUUUCUUUUUUCGUUUGGGUUUGUUCCUCUUUGUUUUCGCUUCGACGCAUGCAUACACACAUUUAUUGUUAAACUCAGAGUCAUUCCCAACAAGUAUUUGUUCACUCUCAUCAAUGUCGUAUAUAUUCAUUUGCGAGCAAACACGGCGUUGCAAAGGGGAGACGAUAAUAUUGGCAAAACAACAACACGGACGUUAAAAGAAAAAAUAAACAUUCGGCUUCGAAAAACUUGAUGUUAUUGAUUGAAGAUAAAGCUACCGAUUCACACACGAGUGGUUGGAAUCCGAUAGACUUCGUUUCCGACGACCAACGACGAGUGAUCAAAGAUGAAUUUAAAAAUCCCACAAUAUUCAGAGUCCGCGCAGAAACAGCAGCCAAGAAUAAAAAAGAAUGAAAUAAAUAAAAGCAAAAGCCUAGCGUUGAUAUUCGUAAUACUGUUAUGCAUAAACUACACAUAAUUAUUAUUAUAAUAAACGAUACAUAAAGUAUGAUAUAUAUUUCUCUAUCCAUUAAGAAAGACGAAAAUGAGAAAAAAAAAUAAAAAACAAAAUAAAAAACAAAAAAAAACAAACACUACACGUGAUGAAAUAUAAACGCAGUUGUUGUUUCUGGUGACAAAGAGAGGAAGUAUGUAAAA